GAGAGCUUGUAGUACCACGUUACCCCACAAGUAGCCCUCACUAGAGGCAGGGCUACUUGUGGUCCCUAGAGUCUAAAGUAGGAGGAGCCAGAGCCUUCAGGUAUCAAGCUCCUCCUCUUUUCUGAACCAGCUCCACCUUCAGUCCUUUCCUCUAGUCUGAGAGUUAGACCUGAACCAGGUCACACGACCUCUUUAUGUCCUCUGUUCUCUGGUGAAGGUUUCUCACCUUUUUUUACCCUCAAUUUUUGUUCUUCUAUUUUUUUAAUUGUUCCUGAUCUGAUGUGAGGUCAAAGGUCAAAGGUCAGGGCGUCUCUGUGUACAGACUGUAAAGCCCUCUGAGCGGAGUGAUUUGUGGCUGUACAAAAUGAAGUGAACUGAAGAGUCUGAGUUCGUCGUGACCUUGAAACACAACAGGGUUGUUUUUGGUCCUUCAUUAGAUGCCUCCUCCUCCCUUAGUUAACUCCUUCAUUAGAUGCCUCCUCCUCCCUUGCAUCACCUGUUUACUGAACAUUGCAUCACGGCGUUCAGCUGCUGGAGGCAGAGCGACCCCAGAGGAACUGACAUGGGAUCAGAUCCUCCUUCUUUAACGUGAAACCCAACGAGCCCCGAGUGCGUCGCUAUGAACUCUGGGAAGACGAGACCCCGAGGAGGUCAUCGGCGUGGGACGCGUAUGAAAGUCUUCCUCCCGCGUCCCGCAGCCGGAGCCCUCCUCUCUCGUCCAAUCGCUGCUCAGGAGCCACUAAUUGGCGCGAGGGUCCAAUCCCAGCGCGGGUUUGGACCCCAGGUCCCGGAGCAGCGUGUUCAUAAGGACGGAGUCGGGGCGCUGGCUCCAGACACCGCCACGACUCCUCCUCCGUCAGCCCGUCGCCACCAUGUUCAACGCCACGGCCGCCAACGCCACGGCCGGGCCGGCCGGCCCCCCGCCGUGGUACCAGUUCCCCGUGUGCGCCGCGGCGCCGUGGGCCUUCGUGUUCUACUUCGGGGUCAAGGUGCUCAACCUGGCGGUCGGGGCGCCGGGCAACGCGCUGGUCAUCUGGAGGAUCGGCAGCGGGCGCAGCGACGCGACCACGUCCGACGUCUUCAUCCUCAACCUGGCGGUGCUGGACGGGUUCUUCUGCCUCAUGACGCCGGUGGACAUGGGGAACCGGCUGCUGCUGGACGACCAGCGGGUCUGGUACCUGCAGAGGUUCUCCUACGGGCUCAAGGACCUGGCGCCGCUGUUCCUGGUCUGCAUCUGCCUGGACCGCUACGUGGCCGUGGUCCACCCGCUGCUCUUCACGAGGAUCCGGGGCAACGCGGUCCGCGUGGCGGCCUCGGCGGCGGUCUGGGUCCUGGUUCUGGUCUACGGCCUCGCCAAGUCCACGCUGGGCGUGGCGAGCGUGAGCGAGGUGUUCGGCGCCGCCGUCCUGUCCGCCCUCUGCGUGAUGCUGUUCUGCAACGUGGCCGUGGUCUGGGCGCUGCGGCGCUGCGUGGCGGGGAAGGAGGCGCUGCACCCGGUGAAGAGGAGGGCGCUGCGCACCGUGCUGACGGCGCUCGCCAUCGUGGUGGCGCUCUACCUGCCGCCCGUGGCGCUCAUGCCCUUCGCCUCCUACUACGGCUUCGUGGUGUUCCGCUGCCGGGUCAGCGUGUCCGUGUUCGCCAUCAUGGACCUGAGCUGCAGCGUGGAGCCGCUGCUCUUCAUCGCCAGGAAGGACCGCGCGGGCGGCGGCGGCGGGUGCUGCGGGCGCCAUUUGCCCGGGGACCACGCCCCCGAGCUGUGACCACGCCCCCUAGAUGUGACCACGCCCCUCUGGAGGGACCGAUGUGCUCCUAUAGGCCACGCCCCCGAGCUGUGGCCACGCCCUCGAG